UUGACGACACAAAGCACGUCGCCCCGCUCCACCACCUUCACUUGGCAUCCAAGAGGCUCACCGCUGUCAUCCGUCUCGUCAACAUCAAGCAUCGACUCACACCACAUCAGCUUCGAACAUGCCGACUGCUGUGCGCUCGACCGACUUGCCCCCUGCCCGGCCGCCUCCCCCCGAUAUGGAUGUGGAUGAGGAUGAUGACUUUGAGCUGGACAAGGCCAUGGCGGGCGUAGAGGAGGCACGGCUGCAAGCGUUGGACACUUCGGAUCCGAUGGUGUUGCUGUCCUACUAUCGCCAUUUGCUGCCUUGGAAGAACAUCUUUCUCUGGCUCAACAGGGAUGUAGAGGGUGCUAACAUGGCCUCCACCUCCUCUCCUGGCGCGUCUCGCAACUUUACUCAUCGAGAAUUCGCCUUCACACUGGCAAAUGAGGCCUAUCUGCGCUACAAUUCCUACGCUACGUGGCAAGAGUUGAAGCGAGACGUGCUCAGAUUGAAUCCGCAAAGAUUCGAGAUUGGUCCAGUGUACAGCGCAAAGCCAAAGGAUCGCAAGACGGUGCAAAAGACGUCGUUCAAACCCGUGUCUCGAGAAGUGGUGUUCGAUAUCGACAUGACCGACUACGACGAGAUUCGCACUUGCUGCAGCGGCAAGGGCAUCUGCAAGAGGUGCUGGGGCUUCAUCGCCGUAGCCGUCGAGGUGCUGGACCAAGCGCUGCGUUUGGACUUUGGCUUCAAGCAUCUGCUGUGGGUCUACUCUGGUAGGCGAGGUAUCCACUGCUGGAUAUCGGACGAGGAAGCGUGCACUCUGCCAGACGAUGCUCGCAAAGCCAUUGUUGGCUGGUUGGAAGUCAUCAAGGGUGGUGCAAGCGCUGUCAAGAAGGUCAAUUUGGCAGGUAGCUCGACUAGUGCCAGGCAGCUGCACCCUUCCCUCAGACGGGCCUUGGACGGCAGCGUGGAUGCCGUCGAUGGUGCAUCCGACGGUCCUCUGAAGCGCGCAUUCGUCGAUAUCGUACUCAAGGAUCAAGACGUGUUCCGAGACGCGACGGGCUACAAUCGCUUGCUGGCCUUGCUUCCCUCGGUCGAGACGGAAGCGAUUGCGCGGCUCAAGUCGAAUUGGGAUGCACAACCCGCUCGCAGCUCUUUGGACAAGUGGCAAGACAUUAUGACCAUCGCUGCCAAGGCUGGCGAGAUGAGAGCGCGCACGACGUGGAGACCGGCCAUGGAGGACAUCAUCUUGCAAUACACCUACCCUCGCAUCGAUGCCGAGGUAUCCAAGCACAUGAAUCACUUGCUCAAAGCGCCUUUCGUCGUGCAUCCCGCGACCGGCAGGGUCUGUGUACCGCUGGACCCGAGACAAAUUCAUCAAUUCGAUCCGGACUCGGACGCGCCCACGAUCGGCGAGCUCUUCCGAGACCUAAACGCAGCGCAAAAGGCAGGAGAGGUGGACGACGGCGCAGCGCUCAAGGACAAUCCGACGGCGUGGGAGCACACUCGACUCAAGCCAUUCGUGCAACGAUUCGAAAGGCACUGCAGUGCCAUCGUACGUCAGACGAGAGAAGCAAAGAGGGGCCAGGCUCUGGACACGAUGGACUUUUAAGCGCCCACCAUUCUUGUCUGAUCCUAGCUGCCGGUCCCGCAAUUCAUCCUUUCAGCUCUUGACGGAGGAGAUGUCAGUCCUUUGUGACUGUAUGCGGUGAAUGUGUUUCGGUUCGAGAGUCGACUCCGCCUAGGAACCGCCCCGCGUGAGCCAGACUGGGCACCCCGAUCGGACAAUGCA